UCUCUUAAAAGUCAACCGCUUUGGCAGUGGGUGGAACAGUUUCACUUUCGAAGCCGCGAAAUGCUCAACCUGUGGUGUCUGCUUUUAGUCUCGGGUCUUGGUCUGAACGCGGCCCAGGGAUCGCGCUCCUAUCUUCCGCCACCAGCCACCGCCGUGGAGCCCAUCAUAACCAAGCAGUUCUACAGCAUAUCCCCGGCCGAGGAUCCCGAGGAGCUGCAGCCCCGCACCAAGCACCUGGUGAUAGGCCAGCCACGGCGGAACUAUCGCGUCAUCUUCAUACGCGCCCCCACUCCCAGCAGCGACCAGGUGAAGUACACGGCCGAGCUGGCGCCCCAGGAGGAGCGCACUGUGAUCUAUGUGCUCGCCAGGAAGCAGCAGGAGCUGCGGGCCCAGGACAUUGUGGCGCCCCAGCAGCAGGCGGCGGAGCAGAAGCCCGACAUCUUCUUCAUCAAGUACAAGACGAACGAGGAGGCUGCCGCCGCCCAGCACGAGAUUCAGACGCAGUACGACCAGCUGGGCGGCAACACCGAGAUAGCGGCCCCCUAUGUGGCCCCCGUCCAGUCCGUGAUCGGAGCCCUGAGCCCCGCCACCCAGCAGACUCCACCGGGACCUGAUGGCGACGGGGGCUAUCACUAUCAGAGGCCCCUGCCCAUGCCCCUGCCCAUGCCCCUGUCCAUGCCCCUGGGCUCGUGGCGCCAGUGA